ACCUAAAGUGAACUGAGGAAAUUUACAAUUAAUACUUUUGUCUUUGCUUUUUAUCAAUCCUUCAGACAUCGCCAAAAUACCAGUGUACUAUUAUAGAAAAUGAGUGACAGCGCACCCCUCCUUGGUCAAAAUACCAGCGAUCAGUACGAUGAUCAACAACAGCAGGGAUUCGCAGAGAAAUGGAAAUCAAGUUACACCCGAAUCCAGACCGCCGUAUCAAGCUGCAUGAACUCGCGCGCGAAGCAUUGGGUUAUAUUAGUACUCAUCAUCCUCGAUGUCGCGGGCAUUCUAAGUGAUAUCUUCAUCGCGCUUAUCACGUGCGAAAUAGGGGUUGAGAAUGACGAAUGGGUGGCGCCGACACGAAAUGGGUUGACUAUCUUUUCGUUGACGUUGAGUAGUGUCUUUCUUGUGGAAUUGCUAUUGUCUGUAUUUGCCGAUGGCUGGGGGUACUUCAAAAGUUGGUUUCAUAGUUUCGAUGCCUUCGUCAUCGUAGCCGGCUUCGCCGUCGACUUAUUCGAACAUAAUACAGCCGAGGAAAUUGCAUCGCUCAUCGUCAUCCUGCGUCUUUGGAGGUUCGUCAAGAUCAUCGAUGAGUUCUCCGUCGAGGCAUCUGAGCAAACAGAAGAUCUACGAAAGCGAAUAGAAGAUCUUGAGACGCGCAAUGCCUCGUUAGAAGCUCAGCUCGCGCAGAGAGGGUAGCUUAUCUAAUAUUACAAGCUUCAUUCGUCGGCAUUCAAGUCCGGACGUCGGCGAUGUUAAUUCGCGUAAGGUUAUGAAUGGACAUGGGAAACCUAAUGUUGCCUGAAGGGCGGCGGUAACGUAAGCACAUGAGAUGAGGCCAAGUCAAUCAUUCACCUAGGUAAUUUUUCUUUGCCGGUAUCCUACCUAGGCAUCUUUGUGGAACCAAGAGCGCCUACGGGAUAAUUCAGAUGUCCCCAUCGUUAAUAAUAUGAUACCCCUUUUAAUGACUCAAUUCUAUCGUUUACAACAUUUGGUCAUGCAUAAUUGGGCAGUCUGGUUU